AUGAGUGAACCUAUACCAAUGAGUUUAAGUGUACCAACACAAGGAACACAAGGAUUUGAUGGUAUUGCAGAUGGUUUAGAAGGUGAUGGAAAUUGUAAUAGUCAUGCAAAUAUCUGGGGUCGAUUAUUAUCAAUAAAUAAACUUUUCUCAUCAAUUGAUUUAAUAGAUAAUGAAUAUACAUUAGGUCGUGGUAAAACAUGUACAAUAGUAUUGAAUUCAAAUGAAAUUCAAACAUCAAAAUAUUUUCUUGCUUAUUCAUCAAAACAUUUUCAAAUUAUUCGUGAUGAAACAACGAAAUAUGCUUAUAUUAUUGAUUUAUCAUCAAAUGGAACAUAUAUAAAUGGAGAAAAAAUUGGAAAAAAUAACCGACAUAUUUUAGAAAAUAAUGCAGAAAUUGCAUUAGCAUCAAAAACACAUCGAGUCUAUGUUUAUAUUGAUGCAAAUGUUCAUGAAGAUUCGUCCAUUCCAGCUAUUGUUCGAAACAAAUAUAUUAUCUCCAAAGAAAUUGGACGUGGAGCUUAUGGUGAAGUCAAAUUAUGCUUUACUCGAGGUACAUGUGAUCGUUUUGCAAUGAAAAUUAUUGCAAAAAAACAUUUUACACAUUAUGGUCCACAAGCUCAUAUAUUCAAUCAAAAUAUCAAAAAUGAAUGUUCAAUUUUACAAGCAUUAGCUCAUCCAUGUAUAAUUCAUAUACAUGAAGUUAUUGAGACACCUGAUGCUCUUUAUAUUAUUCUCGAAUUAGUUGAUGGUGGAGAAUUAUUUGAUCGUAUUGUUGCACAUGGUCAAUUUGAUGAAGCAACAAGUAAAUUUAUUUUUCGACAAAUGUGUAUUGGUGUUAAAUAUUUACAUGAUCAUUCAAUAACACAUCGUGAUUUAAAACCAGAAAAUAUUCUUUUAACAUCACCAGAGACAAAUGAAACAUUAAUUAAAAUAACUGAUUUUGGUUUAUCAAGAUUGAUUAAUGAAACAAGUUUAAUGAAAACAUUUUGUGGUACACCAAAUUAUCUUGCUCCAGAAAUUCUAGCAACACGUGGUGCAGGAAGUUAUACAAAUAAAGUUGAUGUAUGGAGUUUAGGUGUUAUUUUAUAUAUUUGUUUAGUUGGUUAUCCACCAUUUAGUGAAUCACCCGAUUCUCCACUUAAUGAACAAAUUCUUAAAGGUCUUUAUACAUUUCCCGAUGAAUUUUGGUCUGAAGUUUCUGCAACAGCUAAAGAUCUUAUACGUCAAAUGAUGUGUGUUGAUCCGAAUAAACGAUUAACAAUGGCUGGUGUACUUGAACAUCCAUGGUUAGCAGAUGAUCAUGACAAUACUGUUCGAGUAGAGAAAAUCAUGUUUGCUAAUUCUCAAAUUGUUAAAAGUCUUAAACGUCCGGCAUGUGAUGAACAUACUGCAAUGGAUGAAGAUGAUGCAACACCCUCAACUGCAAGUAAUUCAAAUGGACGAAUUAAACGAGUUAAAUAUUAA